AUGGCCGUAAAAAGAGCGAGACAGCGGAUCAGCUACGUUCUGCCACUCACGGACUGUCACAUAGGUCAUCGCCUAGGUGUGAAUGGCCUCGCCUUCGAUAGCAACCAAUCCAUUCUAUAUUCUGGGGGUAGAGAUGGAGCAAUUUGUGCCUGGAACUAUAACAAUAACUCGAAUACGAACAAGGAGGCCAGCGUAUCGACUAACUUUGGAGAUGAAUCGCACUGUUCUUCAGCUAGCUUAAUUGUUCAAAGUGAAGCACAUACACAUUGGGUCAAUGAUAUCGUACUUACUCAAAGUAACACAACACUUGUAUCGGCGUCUUCCGACUUAACAGUAAAGGCAUGGCGGCCUACCUCACACAGUGUAGAAGCACCUCAAACUAUCGGACAGCACACGGAUUAUGUAAAAUGUCUCGCCACACCUGGCUCGCAAGUAGACUGGGUAGCAUCUGGGGGACUUGAUCGUAAAGCCUGUCUAUGGGAUUUGAAUGGUGGUGGAAAGAUACUUGAAAUUGAAGUAAGAGAUGAAAAGUUCAAAAAUGGCUCUAUAUAUGCUCUGGCUUCAACACGCGGGGUGCUAGCAACUGGAGGACCUGAAUCAAUUUUACGACUAUGGGAUCCAAGGUCUGGCAAAAGGAUUACAAAGUUUAUUGGCCAUACAGACAAUAUUAGAGACAUACUCAUUAAUGAGUCGGGAGACACUGUCAUUACAGCUAGCUCAGAUCAAACUAUCAAAGUUUGGAGUGUAACAACUUGCCGAUUCAUGCACACUCUUUCAAUACACAGUGAUAGUGUAUGGUCGCUGUUUUCGGACGAUCCAGAUCUGAGAACAUUUUACAGCAGCGACCGUUCCGGACUAGUGGUAAAAACAAAUCUGCAUAGAACACUGAAAAACUUCGAAGAUAGAGUUUCAAUAGCUUUAGCCCAAGAGAAUGUGGGUGUGAAUAAAGUAAUAAAGUCUGGAGAUUCUAUCUGGACAGCCACGUCUAGCUCAUCCAUAAAUCGCUGGGCUACUGUUGAUAACACUUCAAGUACGCGACUCCCUGAAGACUACAAAAUCCGGAAUCCUUCAAAUCAUUUAUUUCAACAAAAUAUAGAUGGGUGUUUGCAACAAGAAAUCUCACCGAAUUCAGUUUUCCGAAUACCAAACCCAAAUCGAUUCCCUCUUCCUGUCCAUGAUGCCCAAAGCUCGACUACGUUAUUAUCAGUGAAUGAUGCUCGGAAGGGCUCAAUUAUUGUUGACAUAGGUAAUGAUCUUAUUGAGCCUAUUCAUAGUUUACCCGAGGAGACAAUUGAAGGACAGCACGGUUUGGUAAAACACAAAAUGCUUAAUGAUCGGCGGAGAGUUUUGACACUAGACGCUGCCGGAGAUGUCUUGAUGUGGGAUCUAGUUCAGUGUGUUCCAAUAAAAUCCUUCGGGAAGAGAUACUUAGAGGACGUGGAAGCAGAGGUCAAUACACUGGAAGCUGUAGCCCCUUGGUGCUCUGUAGAUACUCGUACAGGUCGGUUGGCUGUUUCCCUGGAAGAGUAUAAUUGCUUCGAUGCUGAAGUAUAUGCCGAUGAGCUAGAUGCGAUCGGGACUGUUGAGUUUCGGGAAGAUCAACGAAUUAACCUUGGAAAAUGGGCUCUUCGAUCCAUAUUCGUAAAGUUUGUUGAUGAAAUAAUAAAAAAAGAUGAAAUAGAUCGAUACAACCUGGUCAGCUCCUUGGCUGGUGAUGAUGGCUGCCUGUCCGUAGUCGCUCAGCCAUCAUUCGUUCAAAUUGUUGAUCAAACAGAACCUGUAAAUAAUAUUUCUACGAUCAUUCUCACUCCUAUAAAUAAUAAACCAAAGACUUCAUACGAGGCCUCUAUUGAUAAAGGAGCGUCAAUUACAAGCAAAGAUUCCACGGAUGAUCCGUCCUGCUCCCAUAACCCAGUAGAGAUAACCAAAAAAAAUAAAAUCAAGGUAGAUCCUAGAGGCGCCGAAAAAUCACAAGAAAUUCCUACUGGAACCGAAAAGGAUAACCCCAAAGAGAGUCAUACCUUUUUCAAAAAAAAAUUUAGGAAGGGUAUAACAUUCAGUUCCAAAAAAAAUCGCUCCGUUUCUAGCGCAGAAACUUCUGUGUUUGCGGACGAAAAGACGGGAGAUGAAUCGGAGAUAACGGAGGAUGGGGACAAGGAAAAGGAAAAAGAUGAUACCUUUGAGGGAGUUCUACAGAGUAUCACAGCGGAAUACAGGAAAAGCCUACUUGAAAACUCAGGGGAGCCAGUCACUAGUUUAAUCAAGCCUAGCCCCGAAACUGAAACACCGCUUUUAGAACUUCCGCCGAUGACAACAGUCAUAAUUCAAGAAGAGACUUCUGGUGGAAGUGCGGAUCUGUAUAGAGGUACAGUAUCAACGGUUGGUAAUGACGUGUGUCUGAUUAAAAAGUGUGCGCCGAGGUGGCUUGGGGAUCUUCUGUUAAGAAAUCGAAUCAUGGCCAAAGAGCCUGUAAAAGUGUCUUUUGUUUUACUACCUUGGAAGGAUACUGCCCAGAAUGUUGUGAUUGAUGGUACUUCUCGUUUAAACGCAAACAGAAUGCUGCGUGUCAAAAAAAUAAUUUCCUACGUGGCAGAACGCAUCGAAAGUCUCCCAGGAAAUCUAUCUCCCGAGAAAAUGAAGCCCGAAGAUUACCUUGAGCUUUAUUGUUAUGAUAAGAAAUUACCGAUGAACAUGACAUUGGCAACUCUUAGAGCUCACAUUUGGAAAGGUGGGGCUGAUCUUAUUCUUACGUACAAGGUCAGCACAACCGAACGGAAUGAAUUGUCGGAGAAAGAGGCAUCGUGA